AUGCGGCGGGCGGUGCUGGCCGUGCUGCUGCUGCUGGCGGCGGCGGCGACGGGGAUCGAGCGGCGGCCGCCCCGGGGCUUGGCGAGAGGCAAAGUGGAGACGUGCGGCGGGUGACGGCUGAGCCGGCUGCCGGAGGUGAAAGCCUUCGUCAACCAGGACAUCCCGCUGUACCAUAACCUGGAGAUGAAGCACCUGCCCGGCGCCGACCCUGAGCUCGUGCUGCUUAGCUUCAGAUAUGAGGAGCUGGAGAGAAUCCCCCUGAGUGACAUGACUCGGGAGGAGAUCAACCAGCUGGUGCAGGAGCUGGGCUUCUACCGCAAGGAGACUCCCGAAGCCCCUGUGCCCGAGGAGUUCCAGUUUGCCCCUGCCAAGCCACUGCCCACCCUAAUACCCCGCAGAGCUCCUGCAGCUGACAGCAAGACCCUGUCUGAACAGGACAAGAAGGACCACCCAGACCUGUAGUGAGCAGUGCCAGGCGGUGGGAGGGCCUGCAGCCAGUCCUUAGAGCGUGGGGUUGAGGAUGUUAGGACAGCUCUUCACACAUGGCUGGGGAGCAUGCCACAGGGUGGUGAGAGUGUGAACAGGAAGCAGAGAGAUGUUCCCUGCUGCUACCUCUGUUGCUUGGUGCUCUGUAGCCUCUGUUCCAAGGGUGCCCUGAAUGAUGCCAGCCUUGAGCAGAGGCUCCUAAGCACUGCGGACAUUGGAGUGAGCCUGUGUGCCUGUCCCUGCCUUCCCCCUGAGCCAUGCAGCCCAGACAUUUUGGCAUGAUUGGUAAGGAGAAGGAGAGAUCUUUUUGCUCUUUUCCCAUGCCUCAAGGUCCAGUCAACUCCUGGUGCUGGACAGCAGUAUCCUACCUGCACAGGACAGGAUGAAACUCUCAGCAGAAAGCUCCACGUGCUGAGGGCAGAUGUAUUGAGUCCUGGAGGUGGGACAGCUGCCUCCCAGGAGGGUAUGGCUUUACAUCACCAGCAAGGCUGCCUCUAUCAAGCACACAGUAAAGCCCUUGCCUACCAUCA